AUGAAUACCUCUCUCGACACAAAUUCUGAGUUUCUCAACAACUGUCUGUGGGAUGUAAGUAGAGAAGCAUAUUCCUUUUUAAGGACAUUUCAUCUGGGAGGGUCAUGUUAUGUAAAAUGCAUACUUGGAUAGAUGAUGAGGAUAUUAAGAUUCUAGGCUCCUUCCUUUUAAGUCUGUGUGAUGUGAUGCUCUGUGUUUAUUGGGUUAAUGUGCCCUUUGCAUUGAUGCCCAAUGAAGUGAGAACAAGGGGAGAGGAUAGAAAGUUAGGAGCAGGAGACCAGAAUGAGUUUAAAAAUGUGCUAAAGUAAGGGGGCUUUUCAAAUAUGGAUUAUUUUACUUUUUAAAGCCUCGGGUCUGAAUAGUCAUGUCUUACACCAAUAUUUACCCUCUCUUGUCCUCUCCCUGCUGCUAGAAUGGUAGCAAAGGCUAAUAGGAGUUGCAGUCUACUGAAAGUGCAGCAUGCCUCUAAUGACAUCAAUUCUUUUUAUACUAUUUGGGUGAGCACAAAUAGUACGGUUAAAAAAUUAGGGAAGAGUGAAAAUAUACUCAAACAAAAUAAUUGAAAAUAACUGCUCUAAACAUAAACUUGUCUGACCUGCCCCUUAUCCUCUCUGACUAGCUUAUCAGGAUACUAUAAAUGAGAUGCAAAAAGAUUAGGUGCCGGAAGCUCCCUGGUAUAUUUCUUCGCUCUAAAAAUGAUAUGAUACAAAGUAGGGGGUACUGCUACUUCUCCCUGCUAUUUUCUCUUAUCAAUUAGAUUAUCCUUUCGGGUGAUACAUUGUACCUGGCGCGUUUGAUUAUGGUAUACAGUUAACAGACGAUGGAAAAGAUACAUAGAGUGGUCAGCUAUAGAGAGAACAGAUCUGCAGUUUAUUGUUGCAGAAUAUAGAACUCCUUUGGCCUGUGAUGGUUAAAGGGACACUGUAGGCACUGUAAAUGCUUCAUCUCAUCGAAGUGGCUAUGGUGUCUGGUGUCCCCUGGCACCAGCCUUCCAUUAAAUGGUUAAAUGGUUUUUAAUGUUUAAAUGCUGAACAAGAGCCCCAAGUAGCUUGUUCCUUUUGUGGUGCUUACACGAAUAAGGAAGCACUAGCCUGAACAGCAAUGGGUGGCUGUGAUUGCCUGCUAUUGUCAGCUGACAGUUUUCAGCCUAUCACAGUGUCCAUUGUGGGUACAAAUAAGCAUAGUUAUAAGGAAGUGUGUAAUAUCUGUCUUAGCCAAACCUCCAGUAGGGGCUGGUCUGUGGGAAUCCAGGAGCCCUCAUUCACUAGAGAGACAGGACUAUAAUCAAUUAAGUGAGUUGAAAUGGGUGUAGUGCCUAUAGUGUCCAUUUAAUCUUGCCCCCCAGAUAUGUUGGCCCUAAGCCUAGCACAUUGUCAAAAUCUAUCCUGUGCCAGAAAGUACUUGAUAUGGCAAAAUCCCAGCUGGGAAGGAGAUAAUUACUUGUCAGAUUGACAUGUGAGACCACCUAAUAAACUUCGACUUCUGCCUUCUGCAUGCACCAGCUCAUGUUGCUCAUCUUUCAAGUAAAUUUUGGUUCCCCCUUCAAACUGGAACACUGGUAGUGCAGAAUGGGCUGGAUCUGUUACGUACACAAUUCCGCCAGGAUGAGAUUUUUGGAGACCUCUUAUAGAGGAUUACAUGCUAGAUCUCACAGGGUGUCCAAUUAAGGCAUUGUUCACACACAGGGCCUACGAAAAUGUCAACGUGAACUAGUAUCUUCAUAUAUAAUUCAGAGGGCACAUUAGCGUCUUGUAACCUUGGCCCUUUAGCAGACGGUCGGAUACUGUAUCUUGCAAUGUCUCGAGUUUCUUAGACGUGAGCAGAGGCCAGCAAGGUCUUCUGUACUUGGAUCAAGGGGAUAAAUAUGAAUUCUUACUAUGAGAUUCUUUCUACAAGUAGUGAUCAAUGUUUAUUCCGCGAACACUGUACAUGUUCUUACUGAAACCUUAAUUGUUUGUGCCAAUGGGGUCACAUGGCCACAUGGCAAGAAUAUUUUAUCUAUUUCAUUUGGACAAACCCAUAGACGUUACUGCUGUUAACUAUAACUAUAACAAACACUAUAAAACAUGAAACAGAAAAAGGACAGCAUCUUUCUAAACUCUGCCAAAUCAGAUGGAAGAUGGCAAUAUGAGCUAUUUUUUUUAUACACAGGGAUUAAAUUUAUAUAACAUAGAAACAUAGAAUGUGAAGGCAGAUAAGAACCAUUCGGCCCAUCUAGUCUGCCCAAUUUUCUAAAUACUUUCAUUAGUUCCUGACCUUAUCUUAUAGUUAAGAUAGCCUUAAGCACAUCCCCUGCAUGCUUAAACUUCUUUACUGUGUUAACCUCUACCACUUCAGCUGGAAGGCUAUUCCAUGUAUUCACUACCCUCUCAGUAAAGUAAUAUUAUGUUUAAACCUUUGCCCUUCUAAUUUAAGACUAUGACCUCUUGUUGUGGUAGUUUUUCUUCUUUAAAUAUAAAUAUAGUCUCCUCCUUUACUGUGUUGAUUCCUUUUAUGUAUUUAAAUGUUUAAACAUGUUUAAAAUAUUAUAAAUAAUGAUUAUUUUUUUUUAUUUUUUUUAUUUCAGGCUUCUAUGUGGUUGACACACAAGGGCAGGAGAGAUAUUAGACCAUUAUCUCAUUUCCCACAAGUUUCGUUGAAAUGUACUUCAAUGAUUCUAGACACAGUGAACUUCAGUAUUGACUAUUCAUCACCUUUCAUCCCCAGCGCAUUUAAGAGCCUGCAUAACACCGAGGUUUCAGGAAGUGUUUUAAAUUCUCCACCAUACAAAACAGCAUUCUCGAUCUCAGAUGACCAGGUAAGAGAAAGCAUUUAUCUUACAAAUUCAUGAUGUAUGGCAGAGCUUUCGAAACUGCAUGUCGUGACAUGUUAGUGUGUCGGCUGCAGUGUGUAGGUGUGUAUCGUGUAAAUGAGGUGCCGAUUACUAUGCUGCACUUGUCCAACCGCAGUGUGCAUACACGGACACGACAGAAGGGGAGCGCACUCUACAGCUCUCCCCUCAUGCCGGUCACUGGGUCACAUGUAGUGUGGCCAUGCAGGCGGACCGCAGUAGAGGAGUUUCUGAUCCCUUACCAGGUCUGGCAGGAAGUGCUCACUGAGAGCAACAAACUGCUUCCUGUCAGACCGAGUACAGAAAACAGAGGCUCCUCUGCUGCAGACCGCCCACUCGGCUACGUCACACUGAGGAAGGUGAGGCUGAGCAGGCAGGGCGAGAGGGACAAUUAAAGGGCACAGUAGGGAAGAGACAAAAGAAGGGGAGAGGCAACAGAAAAACACAGGAGGGGAGAGGCAAUAGAGAAACACAGGAGGACGGGGAAAAGAAGGGGCACAGGAGGAUGGGACAACUCUGAUUCCUUUUCACCUGAGCCACCACUGGACCCCAGGGAAAGUCACCCUCCUGCACCUUAAAGGUAGGAAACAGGAGGGUGACAAACAUUUUGUGUGUGUGUUUGUAUGUAUGUGUGUCUGUCUGUAUGUAUGUCUUUGUAUGUGUGUGUGUGCCUGUCUGUGUAUGUGUCUGCUUGUCUGUAUGUAUGUGCCCGUCUGUCUGUAUGUAUGUGUGUCUGUCUGUUGGUGUGUGUGUCUGUCUGUUGGUGUGUGUGUCUGCCUGUUUGUAUAUAUGUCUUUGUAUGUGUGUGUCUGUCUGUAUGUAUGUGCGUUGUGUGUGUGUAUGUGUGUCUGCAUGUCUUUGUAUGUAUGUGUGUGUGUGUCUGUCUGUGUAUGUAUGUAUGUAUGUGUGUGUGUGUGCCUGUCUGUGUAUGUAUGUGCGUCUUGUGUGUGUCUGUCUGUUUUUUUUAUGUAUGUGUCUUUGUAUGUAUGUCUUGUGUGUGUGUCUGUCUGUGUGUGUGUGUCUGUAUCUGUUUGUAUGUAUGUGUCUGUCAGGGGGGGUGAAUAGAGAGGGGGGCCCACAGAUAAUUUUCGCACCGGGGCCCCAUGGUUUGUGUGUACACCACUGUGUGUGUGUGUGUAUGUAUAUAUAUACACACAUACAUACAUACACACACCCACCCCCCCCACACACACACAUAUAUAUAUAUAUAUAUAUAUAUAUAUAUAUAUAUAUAUAUAUAUAUAUAUAUAUAUAUAUAUAUAUAUAUAUAUAUACACACACACACACACACACACACACACAGAGCAGCCGCAACACUAAAACCACCUGCCUAACAUUGUAUAGGUCCCCCUCGUGCUACCAAACCAGUUCUGAUGCAUCGAGUUAUGGCCUCUAAAAAUACCUCUGAUUGUGUCCUGUGGUAUCUGGAACAAAGACAUUAGCAGUAGAUCAUUUAAGUCCUGCAAGUUACGAGGUGGGGCCUCCAUGGAUCGGAUUUGUCCUUCCAGCACAUCCCACAGAUGCUCAAUCUGACUGCGAUCUGGAUAAUAUGAAAGCCAAGGCAACACCUUGAACUCUUUGUCAUGUUCCUCAAACCAUGCACUUGUUAAAGAUAUUUUAUCAUUGAAAAAGAAGCAGCAAUUUCUCCACCUCACUAAACACUCAUGCACAAAUCACCAUUUACCUCCUCCACUGUAUCAGUUUCCCAUAAAACUCCCACUGAUGCCCAAGGGGUAAUCUUUUACAUACACAACUGCUUGGGAUGCAGUAUGCUCUAUGCUACAGAGACAAUAAGGAAUCCUUAAAUAAUUCUAACACUGAUUCAAACUGCAUUCUAUUGUCAGCUUUCAUGAGCUUUGUGAGCUUUGUAAUUCCAUAAACUGGUCCGUAAAUGUAAGAUAGAUUGUUACUCCAUCUUAAAUAACAUAUCUGCAGGACGUGAUAAUAGUUUAGUUUUCUGUCAUUUUCAGGAUUUACAAUCCAUUAAAAAAUCUGAUAAAAGAAGAGCCCAAGAGCACACAAAUGUGCACCUUACAAUGCAAUACCUCGGGACGGGCUUCUCGGUCACCAGUGAAAUUGUAAACCCAAAGGAUGAAGUAAGAAUGUUUCAACAAGCCUGCGGAGGGGAGAACUUAUGUGUGUAUAAGGGCUACCUGAGUGCUGGAGGUAAGUUAUGGUGGUGAAUGAUGCUUGAAGGUAAGUUAUGGUGGUUAGCUCCGUAGGUGGGUUACUGGCUAGGCUCAGUUUGCUUACCCUGGAUAUGAAUUAUGGAGUUGUGAACAAGGUUUAACUAGUAUAUCCUGCAUAUUAGUGCUAAUGGAAGAUAGGUUUGCACAGUUUACAUUGGAUGUGACAGUAGUGAGAUGGACUUGUUAGCACACAAAGUCCACAACAAAUGAACCGGCAAGUCUUCCUGACAAGAUGCUUAGUUAAUAUUCCUCCCAACUAAUGAUCUAUGCUUGGAUAAUUCAGAACAGGCUAAGGUCAAUGCUGGUCAUGUCCAAGUAUGCCCAGAAGAUAUCGAUGUCUGGUAGGAAAAUCGAAUUACAAGUUGAUCACUGUAUCUAGUGAAGCUGAACAAGCACGGUAGUCUUUCUUUAUAUUCUCAUUAAGAGACUUUCUGAUGUAGUCAUGCGCAUGAUACACAGAGCUUAUACACUUUGCCUUGUCCAAUUUUAAACAUUGAUUUUGUUUUAUGAAGAGACUUUCCAGUUUCUAUCCAAGCGCCAACAUGGAUUUCCAUUCAGUGCUAGCGUGUAUAUCAACGGACUCAUAGUCACUCGAUUAAGUUCCUGUUGCGAGUACAGGUACCACGCAGGAUUUCAACAGGGCAAGCGGGGCUGCUUCCGAGUUACCCAAAUCAGUGGAGGAACGCCUUGCUACAGGUACCACAUCUAAACACCUAGUUAUCAUUAACAAACACAGAUGUGUUCUCCGAACAUGUCUGUGGUGAGAAUAACCCACACCUGUCCUUAAAUAACAGGUCAGAGUGUGGCAUCACUCACACUGCUCAUAUCUGUACAAUGUCUAUCCAUUACAAAUUUACCAUCUUUGUAAAAGACAUUCAGGUAACAAUCUCUGUUCUUCUAGGUGUACUGAUUUCCACAAACGAAAACAGAUCCAAAUAAAACCCAAAGAGAUGGGAAACGAGUGCCAGGGAUUGGCCAAACGCAGUGAAAACGGUAUGUUGUGUUUUAACUUGUUUUUCGACUUACACACUACACUAAGCAAAAUUCUAGGGAGGAAGAAGUUAGAUAUGAACAUACUGCAUUUGUUUGGCAACGUUUUAAAGGAGUUCAAUAAACAACAAACGGUCCAUACUUGGUUACUCUAGUCUUCAGUCUCAUGGCUUUUUAUUUUAAAAGCAAUAAUGAUUAUGGACUUCAUAGGGAUUUGGUUUCAAUAACACACAGGUCUACUUCUGGAGAUUUUAUACUACAUCUCCACCAUCGUUGGGUAAUACUAAUGUCACAACCAGCUGUAACAACAAUUUGUUUCACUACCUGAUUAAACCCAUAAGAUUGGUAGGGACUCACUAAGGGCUAAAACAAAACAAACUUUGCACAGAAUUCACAUUAGACAGCCGGACCGCUUGUUCAGGGCUGGAUAAUGACACCCCAAUAAUGCAGCCUGAGGUGGAGUUACACCUCCAGAUGUGCCACGUUUUAUAGCAAAAUGCUGCACAUACAGACUAAACGAACCAUGACCAAGUGGUAAUGGUGAUUGGAGUAGUCCUAUGUAUCACUGACACAUCUAGUAGAUAUUUAUUACACAGUCUUUCCAGAGUCUCUCUAUCUGGAUGUCUGCAGAGAUGUUGGGGACAUCAUUACUCCUUGAUUAUGGAAUUACAUUUACAUCAUUAAAAGUUGGAGAAGAGAAUAGGGGAGGGUGGUGGAAAAUGCCCAAUGGCAUAGCCUGAAUUAGAAUAAGAACUGGGAUAAGAUACACCUAGGUUUUUCUACUUAAUUUUAAGAGACAGAAUCCUUUCAGUUUUUAGAGAGAAUCAGUUGAAAGACUGCGCUCAAGGAUCCGGGCAUCUUAUGCCAAGUAACAUAGAGGAUUCAGCAAUUAACACUUGGAACAUCAGAAAACCAUAUCUGGGGUCAGAAAUACCCGGAGGAAUACCCCAUCAGCAACCAAACCUGCGACCUAUCCAGGUAAAUACUGCCAAUCAGAGAAGAAGGCGAAAGAAGAAGAGAGCGCCAAAACAAGAGUCUGACUCUGAGCAAGAGAAUAUACAACGUAUCAAUGAUAGGAGAUCCAGGAAAUCAAAGACAUGUCGACCAGAAACAAGAGGUAAAGCAAACUGUGUAUCAUGUGUUCGAGAAAUCCAACCAAGUAGGCAGUCCUGCAGCUUACCCCUCAUUACAGUACAUUAAACGUUUAUCCUCUAUUACAACGCCUGGCACUCUGAUAUAUCCAAGAAAGGUUACAAAUGAUAAAGACUGCUCACCCAAAAUAAAAUAAUAUUAAAGAAUAAAGCAAAAUCUUACUGCAAAUUUUAAGGGAAAAUAGACAUGCCCCCAUUAAGGUCUUAAUUUAAUAUUGUUGGUUAAGAUUUUUUUGAAUGAUUUAAUAUUUUAUAAACUAACUUAAUUUUGUAAUAUUUUGAUAUGAUUUUUUCUUAAUUUUUUUUUAAAUUAAAAAAAAAUAAAAUCAUUUUUAAAGUUUAUCCAAAAAUAUUAAAUAAUUUUACAAGCCUAUCCAACAAUAUUAAAUUGAGGCUUAAGUAUGUUAUUAAGUAUUCACAGCAUGAAAUUCAGCUGAUUCAGCUAUAUAUCACUAUUAGCACUAUAUCAACACACUAUACAUGUUAAAUCCGAGGAUUUAAAAAAAUGUCUCACUUUGGAUCAUUGUCCAUGAAAAGUAUCAUGAGAAUUUUUGUUGACAGAGUGAUUGUUUCAGACUAACCGCCAUAGUUCAUUCCCCUAGCAUAUGGGUUAGGGUUACAGUAAUAAUCUUUGAGCAAGGGCUGUCUUAUCACCCUAAUUCCAGAUCACAGGAGAAGUAGCAAAACACGGUCCCUUAGUGGAUGUAGAGAGAGCAACAAUGAAACAAAGUAUGUUCAAUCAGGAGGGGCAAAAGAGAGGUUUAUCAUCCCUUCUGAAGAAGACUUUGCAACCGUGAGAGGAGAUGGCACAGAUCAGAUACAAUGUAACCGCAAUCCAGCCUAUAUACUAUCAGAUGAAUGCAAGUUACCCAGAAAACCCCCAGGGGGCUGCAUGGAUAACCUCAUGGAAGAUGAAAAAGCCAUCAAUCAAGAAAAUACAGAUCCAACAUCUUUACGAAAAUCAAGCAUAGAAUGUAAAUUUUCUGAAAUCUGUAAAUAUAACGCACACCUUCUGAAAUCUGUAAAUAUAACGCACCCCUUCUAAAAUCUGUAAAUAUAACGCACAUUCUGAAAUCUGUAAAUUUAAUGCACCCCUUCUGACAUCUGUAAAUAUAACACACCCCUUCUGAAAUCUGUAAAUAUAACGCACACCUUCUAAAAUCUGUAAAUAUAACGCACACCUUCUGAAAUCUGUAAAUAUAACGCACCCCUUCUAAAAUCUGUAAAUAUAACACACCCCUUCUGAAAUCUGUAAAUAUAAUGCAUCCCUUCUGAAAUCUGUAAAUAUAACGCACACCUUCUGAAAUCUGUAAAUUUAACGCACACCUUCUGACAUCUGUAAAUUUAACGCACCCCUUCUGAAAUCUGUAAAUAUAACACACCCCUUCUGGAAGCCCCUGUAAAUAUAACGCACACCUUCUUGAAAUCUUAAAAUAUAACGCGACCCUUCUAAAAUCUGUAAAUAUAACGCACCCCUUCUGAAAUCUGUAAAUAUAACGCACCCCUUCUAAAAUCUGUAAAUAUAACACAUCCCUUCUGAAAUCUGUAAAUAUAACACACCCCUUCUGAAAUCUGUAAAUAUAACGCACCCCUUCUGAAAUCUGUAAAUAUAACGCACCCCUUCUGAAAUCUGUAAAUAUAACACAUCCCUUCUGAAAUCUGUAAAUAUAACACAUCCCUUCUGAAAUCUGUAAAUAUAACACCUUCUGAAAUCUGUAAAUUUAACGCACCCCUUCUGAAAUCUGUAAAUUUAACGCACCCCUUCUGAAAUCUGUAAAUUUAACGCAGCCCUUCUGAAAUCUGUAAAUAUAACACCUUCUGAAAAAAACUAUACUAAAAACAUGGAUGUGAAAAUCAUUUAACAGGUAGUAUAAUCGCAAACCUUCUGACACCAUUAAACUUUGAGAAAUCACACACCAUUCAUUAUAUGGUUUAUGGAGGAAAACUCACACUUGCUGAAGGCUCAGAUGUUCUGUAAUUGCAAACACAUAUCCAAUGUCCUUAAUGCGUUGGUUUAUCCAGCCAUAAAUUCACUCAAUGUGCUUUCCUUAAUGGGAACAUAAUGCAAUGGUAAUAAGCACAUAUACGAAAACACAAACACAAUCGUUAAACACAGGAACAUACCAAAGUGACAAUCCCAAUCCCAUGUGGCGUCCAUCCUCCCCCUUCCAUUAAAUAUAAAGCAUAACAUUUUUGUGCAGUAAUUAAGUGUGGGUGCCUUGAGGUGCUGCCACAACAUAACUAGCUGAAGGCCAAGGUAUAGGCUCAUCUGUGUUAGAAACUCUCUUUUCAUGGUUCUAUAGAAUUUAAUGAAGUUUACUUUUCUCCUACCAAUGACAGACAGGCCCAUACACACUAAACUCGAAGCAGCUUUGGCAGGGGGGGACGCCCCAUGCUCUGAAGUUGAACUGAGUGAUUCCAGUGACAGCAGUGAGAAUCGAAGCACUGUAGGUAUGUUUCGGAGUCCCCACAUCCCAUACGAUGAAUUCAAGUUUAACUUGAGAAAAAUCGAAAAUGACCAGAAUAUCUGUCAACUACUAUUGUCCUGUAGUUGUGUGAGAGAGGUCAAAUAUAUUAGACCUCAUAAUUAUAUUUAUAUAGGACUGUUAUUUUAUGUUUUCCUAUUUAUUGUUCAUUUUUCAAGUUAUUGUUAAUAUAUCAAUAUAAAUCACUUUACCUGGCUUGAGUCAUCUUGGAAGGACUAACACUAUAAAUUGGUUUCCCCAGCUGUGUUACUCCUAGUAAAUAAAAAAUGAGGAUGUUUUAAAAACAAGAAGCUAAUUAAACAUUUACAUCGUUUUGACAGAAGAGAUGCCCACAAGGUAAAUUGGGUCCCAACAUUUGUCCCAUAUAUAGAUAGAAAAUAUCACACCUAAGAAAGGAAAAUGAACACAGAAUGGAAUACAAAACAAUUAAAACAAAACUAGACCUAUCGAUUUGAUCAGUCUAAUUUAUGUAUCUGAUACUUAAACAUCUAACUUGAUCUUCCUUGUAUAUGUUUUUAUGGUAAACAAGCACUGGAAAUUGCAGAUUGCCAAAUCAGCAACACAGAGAGAGCAGACAUCGCAUUGCCAGUCACUGACCUGCAGGAGGCAGCAAAGACACAUGUAAAUGAAGAAAAUGUAUCAGAAUUUAAGGGACCUGAAAUUGGUCUGGAAACUCCAGAAGGAGAGGAGGAAAGAAACUCCCUCGUUAGCCAGGUGGGCUUCAGAAUAAGUAUAUUUAAUUACACAUAUAGUUUGCUAUUCCUCUUUCAGCAAUAUACCAAAUUUUGAGCAUAGGGUACUCUUACUUGGUAUAAAAUCAGUGAUGUAUUCUAUGGUUGCCAUUGAGACAUUACAGCGGCUCCAUCACUCCCCCUCCAAAAAAACAAAACAAAACUAGAAAUGCUCAUAAGGAAUGAGUUGAAAUAUAAAGAUAUCAUAUAAACAAUGAUCAAAGACAACAUUAAAACCACCUGCCUAAUAUCACGAAGGCCCCCCUCAUGCUGCCAUCAGCUCUGAUGCCUCAAGACACAGAUUCCACAAGAUCUCUGAACGUGUCAUGUGGUAUCUUGCACCAAGACAUUAGCAGCAGAUCCUUUAAGUCCUGCAAGUUGCGAGGUGGGGCCUCCAUUAAUCGGGUUUUGCUAUUCCAGCACAUCGCAAAGAUGCUCAAUCACAUUGAGAUCUGGCGAAUUUGGAGGCCAAGCAAUACCUUGAACUCUUUGCUGCUGCUUCUCUCUUACCCGUGUAAACAACGCACAAGCACCCAGCCAUCCACCUGAUCUAAAAGAAAAUGUGAUUUAUGAGACCAGGCAACCUUCUUUCAUUACUCCGUUGUCUAAUUAUGACACUCAGAUCUUGCCCAUUUUCGUGAUUCCAACGCAGGAAAUGCAAUAAUUGGCUGCUCACUUGCUGCCUAUUGCCUAAUAUAUCCCACACAUUGGCAGGUGCCAUUGUAACAAUAUAAUUAAUCACUGUUAUUCACUUCACCUGUCAGUGGUUUUAAUUGUGUGGCUGAUCAGUGCAUAGGGACUUUGUCCUACGUAUUUUAUCUAUGUUUGAAAGAAGACAGAACUACCCUUUGUCAGGCCCUCAGCCAUCAUUAGUGAGGGAUAUGGGGUUGAGGAGUCUUUUUUGGAGGAUCCCGCAAUCUCACAGGAUUCUAAAUAGAUAUCAGUGUUGUACACGUGUAUGAGAACACAUUGCAGACCUCGGCUCCUGGCGCGUAAAACGACAGGAGCCAAAGAGGACCUUGCAGAAAAUGAUGGAGGCACCCACGGGGGACAGGUUCAGGUAGGUAAAAACUACCCUCCUACGGAAUAAAACCAGAGCAGGCACCAUCUAAGGUUUUUUGCAAAAUAUACAAAGACCGUAGGAGUGAGACACCAAAAAAAUAAAAAAUAAAAGCCAUAAACGUUAAACUAUAAAAUGAAAAUUUUUAUUCAACAAAAAAUAUCAGAGGUCAAGUCAUGAAGUGCCCUCAAAACUCAUUUGUUUGUCCUACUGCUCUCCACUAGUAAACAGAUCCUAUUUUAUAUAUUGUGUACCUGCCUAAAGUCACUGAAUGGAUUAUCUCUUCCCAGAUUUCAGCAUUGAGCUCUGUGCUCCAGGACUGUGAUGAAGUCAAUGAGCUCAUUCUUAGAAACACAGGAAUGACAGACUCCUUGCUUCACCUCCUCACCACCGCCAUCGUCAACAGCAAGUCCCAAGUGGAGAGCGUUAACCUCAACCUGAACGAGAUUGGCCCAGAGGGAGCAAAGACUAUUGUCCAACUACUAAAGGAGAAACCGUGUGUGAAAAGCCUGCUGUAAGUCACUAAAUGGACAGGGUUGUCAUAUUCACCAAAUUUUCCACACCAUGCCUCUAUUGUGUGCAAAUAAUUAAGGCUUCAAUAUGCAUAAGGGAUAUCUUGCAAAUCAAAAAAAUCUGAUCUAAGAUUCUUAAUAAAUGUAUCUACUCAAGACCUGCAACUCCUUUAACUAUACAUACUGACGCAAAAUACUACACACUCUUUAACGGGACACUAUAGCCACCAGAACUACAGCUUAUUGUAUUUGUUCUGGUGAGAAGAAUCAUUCCCUUCAGGCUUUUUGCAUUAAAGUCUCUUUUCAGAGAAAAUGCAGUGUUUACAUUACAGCCUAGUGAUACCUCUCCACUGGCCACUCCUCAGACGGUUGCUAGAGGUGCUUCCUGUGGCAGUGCUGCAUAGUGUGACUGACAUUCAGUGUCUCCACCCUCUGCAUGCAGACAAUGAACUUUCCUCAUAGAGAAGCAUCGAUUCAAUACAUCUCUAUGUUGAGAUGCUGAUUGGCCAGGGCUGUGUUUGGCUCUGCCCCUGAUCUGCUUCCUUGACAGCCUCAGCCAAUCCUAUUGGAAAGCAUUGUGAUUGGCUCAGAACAACACGGAGCCAGCAGCUGCACACUUGAACACAAGUAAGCAUUUUACUAUAUUUAGGGCGGCAAAAUGGUGUUUUUAACACUAUAGGGUCAGAAAUAAGUUCGUGUUCCUGACCCUAGAGUGUUCCUUCAAAUGUGAGUGAAAUAUCUACUCUCAAGCAUAUGUUAAAGAAGUGUCUCUGCAAUUUCUUAAAUUUUUCUUUCAGAUUAUAUGGGAAUAAGUUUGGAGAUCCUGGGAUUAAGGAACUAAUGAGCAGUCUAUCGAUGCUAAACAAUUCCAAAUGGGGAAUCACGCCAAAUAUACAACAUUUAGAACUCACGGAAUUAGACAUAGGAGGCAACCAGCUUAGUACUGAAGGACUUCGGAGUGUUGCAUUUUUUCUAAAGCUUAAUCCAACGGUUAAAUACCUAGGCCUAGCUAAAAUCAGUGUAAACGGCUGGGAGGUCUGGAAAGAAUUGUUUGAUGCAAUGAGAGACAAUACAAAUAUUAACCAUGUGUUGCUGGAUGAGAAUAACCUAGGAGACAGAGGGGCUACCCUGCUGGCCCAAACUCUACAGAUUAACCAAAGUUUGGUCAAGAUCGACCUUGACAGCAAUGGCAUAGGAGAUCGAGGAGGUCAGGCCAUUGCUGAAAGUCUGACAUCCAAUAUGUGCAGUGCGGUUAAAUGCAUAAGCUUGGAAGACAAUCCUAUCAGCACAGAGAUGAUGGACAAGAUACAAACAUUACUAGAAAAUAAACAAAUCUGCUUAAUUCCUACUUGAAAAAAAAAAUAUAUAUAUAUAAUAUUGUCCAUCUAAUAUAUUGUUUUUAUUCAUUGGACCCUCAGUUUCAUGCCAGAUUUAUAGAAGAGUCACAAAGUGUUCUCUCCUCCGUCUUAGCAACAUUUUUAAGACGACAAUAAGAAGUCGAUCCCCACCAAAAGAGAGUGCAGAGCUCUAAAACUGCCUGUCCAUAUAUAUCAGAACAAGGAGAACCAGCUAACAUUUCAUAAGAAUUUGAGACUUAACUCUUCAUAUUUGCCCUACUGACACUAAUCUCUCAUUCAAACCAACUUCCUAUUUCCCUAAUCUUUAAUAAUGUUUGCAUUAAUGCUCCUUUUAUCAUUUCUAUAUACAUACAUUGUUAGAUUUGGAUUGAACCUCAUUGUUUCAUUAAAUUCAGCCAGAAAAUCCCAAAUUACGUGGAGACCCUGAGACUUAAAAUCGUCUCAGUCACCAAAAUAAACAUUAUCUAAUCUGUUUCUAUAUAGCUCACUGUGUCUGAAUGUCGUUUAUUUUUUCCUGAGUGCUUGUUUUUUCACAAAGGAAAGCAGGGACUAAUUUUCUUAUGUAUAUCAGUCAGGUUGACCAAACUUGACAAUGGACGGAGCUAUAAGGCCAAGUUCUGUUUCAGUCACCAAUCAAAUUGACCCACAAUACUUCAGUAAUAUCACUUCUAUAGAAGGGCAAACAGCAGAUAUCAUGGGCAGAUCAGAACAAAAUGGCUGCAUCCAGAUAUUGAGAUCUGGCGCCAAGGAGUAAAUAUUAAGUAUAAUGGCAAGUGUGAAGGGGUAAAGGUUUAAUCAUUAAAUUACAGGGGGCAUAAGGCAAGGGGGGGUGGGGGGGGAGAAUAACAGGGUAGUUUUAAGGAUCUUGUGAAUACCUAAUAAUUAUCAACCUUUAAGUUCUUAUGUCCCAGCUCAGUGAUAAGUAAAUACAUAUCUUUGAGAUCUUUCCUCCUCAUAUUAAUUCUCCAUAUAGAUAUACAUAAGAAAAAUUAAGUAGAUCAUGUGAUAUAUUUAUAUAUAUAUAUAUAUAUAUAUAUCAUACUGAAUUAUCAUUGUGUUCUUUUAAGUGGAGGGAACUGAGCCUCUUUUAAUGCAAGUAAUAACAUAUGCAACUCAUGAUGCUGUGUGACGUAAUACAAUGAGAUGAGGAGCACUUCACUAUAAUAAGCACUUUAGCAAAAAAGCCUUUUCCUUUAGAAAGAAAAUUGAACUACCUGGUGCUAAAAAAAAAAAAAAAAUACUUACUUUUUAAAUAUCUAAUGCACCAGCAAGCAUAAGUAUGGAUUAACAAAUUUCUAUGAUAUAAAUUUUACUUUCAAUCUAUUGUGCCAGCUUACCCAUAUAUUUAUAGCUGUAUGUUAAACAUACAGGCUGGAGGGAACGACUGUCAGUAAUGCAAUGUGCAUCAGUGAAGCUCUAUCACGGAGGAGGGGUGUCAUCAUAGAAUGAAGCCAGCUAGGUGUUGGCAAUGGACUCACACAGCCACCACUUAUUCAUUUGCUCUCCCAAACAGUGGGGCAGGAGGACAGUCGGCGGAAAAGUACACAACCAUGCUGCUGUAUGAACUGUGUGUAUCCACAAUGAAGUGAGAUAAGGCAAACACAAUAAGUAAGAAUAUCAUUUCCUUUGAUAGCAUGAUGAAACAUGGCCAAACAUUUGUGUAUGACAGACCCAUUAAAAUGUCUAGGAUACAAAAUGAAUCUAAACAUUAUAAGACAAUCAAUGAAAGAUAAGCAGGAAAAAGAUCCCAUUUCCAAUUGGUAGUAACAAUCCUACUAAUCUACCAGCUUUGCCUAUAGCAAUCCCAAUUGCUCAUCUGUCCCAUGCUAAAGUAUACACCUGUGUGCACCAGGAUUCUGGAACAUUCACUUCAAAUUAAAACAUCUAAGCAAAAGUCACAGUGGGGGAAAAAAGGAGAAAACGAAACAAACUGUAAUUCCAGGUCCUAACAAAGUAAACUAUCCAGCAGUAUGUUUAAGGUGGAAAUGGGUCCACCAUGUUAUUGAAGAGCUUUUUUUUUUUUUUUUUUGGUCGACCAACAUCUGGAUUCCUUCAUUUGACUGCUGUGCCGUGAGAUGUCCGUUUAAAGGGAUGGCAGAGAAUGUCAAUUUGGUUAGGAGUAGCAGUACCUAUUCAGCUCCUUCUACUGCCACGGUAGAGAUGGCUUUGACAUAGUAAGGGCCAUCUCGUAAAUAGCCACGCAGUCUCAGGUAAUGCUGAUUGCCAAAGAUUUCUGCAAUGGUUGGGGAAUUCACAAGUGCCUUGACAAGUUCGAAUUUGGCAUCCUUGGAUUCUUUAUCUGGGUCGACUGUCCGGUCUACAAUGUAUUCAAUAAACCCAGGGCUGCCAAUCAUUAGUUUCUGAGCCCACGGUUGAUUUGCAGUAGC